GGACGUUGUGUGUGAUCCGGAUUGUUGCGAUGACAUCUUCUCUCUUUGGUUUCCAUAGCAUCCACGCUGGAGACACGAAGAAUGAAUGGUGCGCAGGGCGAUCCGCCCAAUUCCCUAGGAAAGUUAGCAGUGGAGGCGAGAAGAGGCUCUUCCUCCUUUCUACAGGACCUGUCCAUGGUGCUGAAGGGGAGCAGAGGGGCCGCCGCUGGCAGUCACCAUUACGUGUGAUGUCAAUUGUCUCCGAUGGUUGGAGAACAGUCUGAUACUUUACUCUCUAAUUCCUGACAAUCUGUUAUGGUAAUAAAAGCUUCUUUUUGGAACAUUGGGAUAUUUUCCAUUGGACGUCAUUUUCGGUCUACAGUGAAAUGCGACAUCUUCUUCCUCAACUUUCCAUUGUGAAUCCGCAACGUACGGAGGUAACGGUGAUGUAAAAAAAAAAAAUGGAUUUUUUAUGCCGCCAGAGGACCAAAUGCUGCUGAGCUCCGACCAUGACGCUGCCUGCACUUACAGUCAGAGGACGCUCCGCAGCCAGGAACACUUUGUAGCCCUCCUUCUCUAUCUGUAGGUGAAGAAUAUCCGAUUGUAUCCGGGGAUCUAUCCCAGCACUAUGAGAAGUUGUCGUUCUUCGCAUCGCAACGUUUAACCAAGAAGACAGAAGCAACGAACGUACCCGAAAAAGCAAUAAUGGAUACGAUAAAACAAAGGGUCUUAGUACCCGGGAAAGAAGGGCUAAAAAAUUUCGCAGGAAAAUCCCUGGGUCACCUACAAAGGGUUUUGGAGAGAAAACCCAAAAACGAGCACAUUGAGUUGACGGAAGAUGGGAAACCAUUGCAAGUACCGGAGAAGAAACCUCCUAUGUGUGACUGCACCUGCUUUGGGCUGCCCCGGAGAUAUAUUAUCGCCAUCAUGAGUGGGCUGGGGUUCUGCAUUUCUUUUGGGAUUCGUUGUAAUCUGGGAGUGGCCAUAGUGGAUAUGGUAAAUAACAGCACCAUUCAUCGAAACGGAACGACUAUCAGACGGAAAGCCGAAUUUAACUGGGAUCCCGAAAUUGUUGGAAUGAUCCACGGCUCCUUUUUUUGGGGUUACAUAGUGACACAGAUCCCCGGAGGAUAUAUAGCAUCGCGAUUGGCCGCCAACAGGGUGUUUGGUGCGGCCAUCGUGCUCACCGCCACUUUGAACAUGCUUAUUCCGUCAGCCGCCAGAGUGCAUUAUGGGUGCGUGAUCUUCGUAAGGAUUCUACAAGGGCUUGUGGAGGGUGUCACCUACCCCGCCUGUCACGGAAUAUGGAGUAAGUGGGCCCCUCCGCUAGAAAGAAGCCGCCUGGCGACCACCUCCUUCUGUGGGUCUUAUGCAGGAGCCGUGAUCGCCAUGCCUUUAGCUGGGAUAUUAGUACAAUUUACGGGAUGGUCGUCCGUUUUCUAUGUAUAUGGAAGCUUUGGUCUGGUCUGGUACCUCUUCUGGAUCCUGGUGUCCUAUGAGAGCCCGGCCACGCACCCAACAAUCUCAGACGAGGAGCGCACCUACAUAGAGGAGAGCAUCGGAGAGAGCGCCAACCUCAUGGGUGCAAUGGAAAAAUUCAAGACUCCUUGGAGGAAAUUCUUUACCUCGAUGCCCGUCUAUGCAAUCAUAGUUGCAAAUUUCUGCCGUAGCUGGACCUUCUACCUUCUGCUCAUCAGCCAGCCCGCGUACUUUGAAGAGGUCUUCGGAUUUGAGAUUAGCAAGGUGGGAAUGCUGUCCGCUGUGCCGCAUCUAGUCAUGACCAUUAUUGUUCCCAUCGGGGGACAAAUCGCUGACUUUCUACGAAGCAAAAAUAUUCUCUCUACAACGACUGUCCGGAAGAUCAUGAACUGUGGAGGUUUUGGAAUGGAAGCGACGCUCCUCCUAGUGGUCGGUUACUCUCACAGUAAAGGGGUGGCCAUAUCAUUCCUCGUCCUCGCUGUAGGUUUCAGUGGAUUUGCCAUUUCUGGAUUCAAUGUCAAUCACCUGGACAUCGCUCCCCGUUACGCCAGUAUUCUGAUGGGGAUUUCCAACGGCGUUGGCACCCUGUCCGGCAUGGUGUGCCCGCUGAUCGUCGGAGCCAUGACCAAGAACAAGACACGUGAAGAAUGGCAGUACGUCUUCCUGAUAGCAGCUUUAGUCCAUUAUGGUGGAGUUAUCUUCUAUGGUCUUUUUGCCUCUGGUGAGAAGCAGCCAUGGGCAGAUCCUGAGCAGACCAGUGAUGAGAAGUGUGGCUUCAUCCAUGAGGAUGAACUAGCCGAAGAAACCGGGGACAUUAGCCAAAACUACAUCAACUACAAUAACACAAAGUCCUACGGCGCCACCACGCAGGUGAACAGCAGCUGGCCCAGCGGUUGGGAAAAGAAAGAAGAAUUUGUACAAGAAGGACAGGAAUCAUAUCAUGAUGCGAGUUACACCUCUUAACAAUUCCAGCCGUAGAUAGUUAUUUUUCAUAGUGUCUGUGAUAUAAAAAAAAAUAAUUCAUUGUGGUGUUUGCACAAAGUGUUGGUCUGGAUCAUGUAUAGCACUCACGCAUAUCGAGAGCAGAUCGUGCUGUGACCAUGAGGAGUAACAAGUUGUACGAGUUGACUGAUAACUGGAAGCCUCCAUUGAAAUCAUCUGGAUUUGAGUUUACCGGGACCACGGCUACCAAUGUGAUCACUAACCCUAUAGAUGCAGUAUCUCCUUUAGUCAUUCAAAGCACAGUUAGACAUAGCACAUCCGAAACUUUGACCAAGUCCAUCGCAUCUUAAGAUGGAACGACCAGCCAUAAACACUCAUUGAGUUGACCCAUGGAAGAUGCCAAACUCAUGCCAUGUCAACACGGCUUUAUCGAAGGGUUACACUGAGCCUCUACAAGGCCGAUGGGAACCUACGAAUAGUAGACAUUUCUCCCUACAAAACUUUUUCGAGCAAAUAGACGUUUCGAUCGACGGGUACGUCGACGACCAACAGCCAACACGCCAAGUUCAUCUUGAGUUUGCUAAAGUUUAAUGACUCAGGAAAAGUCAUUGUUUGGAAGACAUCCAGACUGUCCGUGGGUUACCAGCUGCUCGGGACCAUAUCGCUUGAUACAUUUUGUAUAGUUUCUUCUUAAUUAUUUUUUGUCAUAACGAUGGAACAAUUGAUAGAGAAGAUCGACAUUAUAUCAGGGUGAGAUGUACUGUAGAACUAAACACAAAAUGUGAAUAUUUUCCUCCUAUAUAUUUACAUAGGUAUUUUUGGCAUAUAAACAAUAGGUAACGCCACCUUCCUAACAGAGUAGAUAGAAUGAAUCCCAUUUAUCUAGAGACCCACUUUAUGGUGGGUAAUAAAAUAUAUAUUAAUCCUGGGGUUAAAUAAGGGAAUUUUACAUCUAUACGUACAUAUAUACAUAUUAUAAAAGAGUUGACUAUAGAGAAGAUUUUAUGGUGGGGUGUGAGAUCUAUAUCAAAACGUUGAUGUAGUUGAGGACUGAUAGACCAGCAGAGUUGCACCUUAAGUCUUUACGUACUAUUAUUGUUAGUGCUAACUUUUUUGGGGGGCCUUGAGAGGCCUUUCUUUCAAUCACUCCUGUAAAUUUUGGGAACUUUUUAAUUUUUAACAGUUGCCAGAAACAGAUGGAAAUAAUAGCUCUCUUGAUCCGUCUCAAGUCUGGAUUUGCCAAAAAUUCACCAUAGUUUUUAUGGAGGAGGAGGAGGAGGGGGAAUUGAAUGCCUCAAAACCUCAGGCACCAUCUAUAAUAUGGUGGAAAGACUGUAGAACAGUGGUCUUAAACUCUGGUCCACCAAAUGUGGCAAAACUUCAACUUUGGAGUGCAGUUUGAGGCCACUACCGUAGAAUAAGGGGUAUUGAUCAAAGAUGGUCCAAAGGGGACAACUAAAAGUACACGGGGAGUUUAGCUAUAUACUUCGUACUCCUCAUACUCUUCACUCCUCUAGGGUUUUCUCAUGGUUUCUUUGUAAAUGGACCAUGAAGAAGGUAGGCUUUUCUCAAUUUUUUCGACCCAUAGCCUAGACAACUCCUCGCAUGACCUGAUUAUGGAACUUUCUGUCCUUCUACAGCUGAAGAGCCACCGGUUGAGGUUGAGAAGUCUAAAGGUGCCCACAUGUCUUAGACUGAAGUCAACCAAACCUGCCCGAACAUGACUGUCUGCAGUCUAUGGUGGCCUUCUGGCGUGUUGGGUUUUUACCGACCCACCCUCUUGUUUUGGGAGAGAUAAUCCACCACCAGAGCUGUCUGUCUGCAGCUUACCCCUCCCCGUAGACAAACUGUUCAUGCGUCACGCCCCCUCCAUUCAUGUCUUGACUAGUACAUAGACAUGAAAACUUGGUGCCGGCCCAGAGAUUGUGUGUGUUUGUGGGGGGGGGGGGUCCGAGCGGCCGGCCCCCCCGGGAUCAGACAUCUUAUCCCUGAUCAUUUGGGUAGGGGAUAAGAAGUCUAGUGGCGGAGAACCCCUUUAAGGAGUCUAAGGACUUGUUCCUACCAAUGGACCACAUGGUCCACAAGUCAUCAAUGCACCAACCACUGGCUCUUAUUGCCAAAGACUAGAGAAUACAUUACAUUACUCUAAUGAGAAACCCAAUUACCAGGUUGCCAAAUAUUUAACUUUUUGACCCAAAAUACCAAAAUGUGCAUCCUUAUAUUAUCAAUAUUCCGGUGAACCCACAGUGCACUUUCAUCCUCGCCAUACUUAUUUAAAAGCCAUAAUAGAUCAAUACAUUCUAAAAAAAAAAAAAAAUCCUACAGCUGCAACCUGAUUGGUUGUUAUAGAUAACCCCUCCCCCUUUUUUGUCUAAAUCCAAUUUUAAAAUUAGGGCAUUAAGACAUUUUUUCGGGUCCCCAUAUUUCACACAUUCUGAGAUUUCAUGAGGCCCAAGGGUCCUGUAGACGAAGCCUUUUCUCGAAUGUUGCCCUUAGCCCUUUAAAUCAAGAAGAAGCCAAAAAAAUUUAGCAAUCUUCCUUAAACAGAAACAGCUUUAGAGACACAUAUAAACAUUUUUAAUUGUAUUUUAUUUAAUUAUUUUAAUUCAACCUCUAAUAUUUUUAUGUUAAAAAGUGUCAAUAUGAGUAAUGUUGCUACCAAUCUACCGGACCAUCACCGGGAUUUCCAGAAUUAAAUGCUCCUCCCCCAUCCAGUUUAGAAGGUAGUUCGUUACUUAUCUAUUGAGAUUGAUGUCACGAGUUUAAUUUUAUCAUAUAAUUAAUUUUUUUUAUUUAAUUUAAGCUGGGUUCACGCUAGCGUCGGGGCUCCAUUCCGGGCCUACGCCUCAGAUUUCAUUUGGUGCGAGAAAUCAAUGGACGCCAAUGGAUCUUAAUGGAUCGGGAGAGAUCCCAUAGACUUCAGUGGGAUCUGUCCGUUGGGGGGAAGGGGGUGUAAGACAAUUCCAAUUCCGAAUAGUACCUGUUAGGACAUAUUGGGUUCACGCAUGGGGGUCUUACAUUUUUCUCUCUCUCUCUGUAGGACCCAGCAUGUCUGUGUAUUACACUGGUAGCCUAUUGACUUCAUUGAGCGUCAUGCAAUGCUUUUUUUAUCCAGUGGUGGCGCUGCAGAUAUAUUGAUCAUCUACUUCUAGAUUCUCCAUCAGAUUACAGCUGAGCGCUAGGGGUCCUAACAGUCGGACAGCUUCAGAUCAUCUUAUUUUAGAGCAGUAUUUCCCAACCCGGUGCCUCUAGCUGUUGCAAAACUACAACUCCCAGCAUGCUCGGACAGCCAACAGCCGGGCAUGCUGGGAGUUGUAGUUUUGCAACAGCUGGAGGCGCACCGGUUGGGAAACACUGAUCUCUGUGUUCGAUGGCUUCUCGACUCUAUGUAGACUCUGGAUGUCAGAGGAGAGAAGGGUCAGGCAAGUGUCCCCCUGCAGAAUACAUGUACUUGUGUAUAUGGUGAUGGGGAGUGCAUGCUGGGAGUUGUAGUUUUGCAAUGGCUCAAGGCCCACCGGUUGGGAAACACUGAUCUAUGUGUUCAAUAGCUUCUCGACUCUAUGUAGACUCUGGAUGUCAGAGGAGAGAAGGGUCAGGCAAGUGUCCCCCUGCAGAAUACAUGUACUUGUGUAUACGGUGAUGGGGAGUGCAUGCUGGUUGGUUGUAGUUUUGCAAUGGCUCAAGGACCACCGGUUGGGAAACACUGAUCUAUGUGUUCAAUAGCUUCUCCACUCUAUGUAGACUCUGGAUGUCAGAGGAGAGAAGGGUCGGGCAUGUGUCCCCCUGCAGAAUACAUGUGCUAGUGUAUACGGGGAUGGGGAGUGAAUGCUGGGAGUUGUAGUUUUUUGCAACAGCUGGAGGCACACUGGUUAGGAAACACUGCUUUAGAUUUUGCAGUUUGACUUGUCCUAGGCCUGGCCGGGAGCCUAAUAAGGUCCUAGGGUGAAGCUAUGGGGCUCCUGUACAAAGUCGUCAGUUAUCCGGGCAUGCUGGGAGUUGUAGUUGUGCAACAGCUGGAGGCACACUGGUUGGGAAACACUACUUUAGAUUCUGCAGUUUGUCUUGUCCUAGGCCUUGCCGGAAGCACAAUAAGGUCCCUUUUAACUAAAAAGGUUCUUAAAAAGUCAACCACCCAAAAAUCCCCUAUAUAACCAAAUCCAAUAACUUCAAUAAACAAAUAUACCAACCAUAUUGAGUUUCGUAAAAAUUUAUUUGCAACAUUUUUUUAAUUGACACCAAGCAAUAACUUCCACAAUAACUGCAGCGUUAAAACCAGUUAUUAAAAAAAAUAAAACAUUUUAAAAAAUAAACGCCUAGAGCUGGUGCUUGAGACCAAACGGUAACGCAACCCAUCCUCGCCAUGUGAGACGUUUUAUUAUGACGACGCUUCUCUUCCACCACCAAAAAAAAAAAAAAACAUCCGACGCCGCUAUAUGUGUGUUAGUGAGCCCUUUCUUAGUCCGUCUGUUGUACCGUGUUUGUAAUUGGAGGCCCCUCCCCCCCCCCCCUCGCGCUAUUGCAAUAUCGGCCUUGAAAUAUUCCAAGGGCAAAAAAAUAAAAAAAUGCAAAAAUAUUCAAGGCCUUUGAAGAUCUCCGACAAAAAAAAAACAACGUAAACCUAUUUUUAUUUUUUAUUUGUCUUUGCUUUGUGCCUAAAAGUGCUGUGAAAUGUGACCAUAGCUUUCGCUGUGUUAAUGAAAAAAAUAAAAGGUGGACAGUGUCACUUUUGUUGGUGCAAAAA